AUGGGAAGGGUUUGGUGCGGAGAGGGCGGAGCGGGAGCGGAGGGGCCUGGGGCUUUGCAGUGUCCUGAGGUCCGCUGGAGCUGGAAGAAGACGGGCUCCUCUGCGCUCCUGGCCCGAGCCUUCCACAGUGUGGACCUGGUGGGAGACAGGCUGGUGGUCUACGGAGGGAUGCGGUCAGCAGAGCCCCGGGAAGGGCCGCUGGGUGAUGCGGUGAUCCUGGGGGCGGGCUCAUUGGCAGUGGAGAGGGUGGUGUCGGGUGGGCCAGCCCGCAGCCACCAUGGCACCGCCGUGCUGCAGGAGCGCUGGUUGCUGGUGGUAGGGGGGUGGGAUGGCAAGAGGCGGCUGGCCGGGCUCCAGGCCCUCGACCUGGCUGGGUAUGAGACCGAGCCCGGCUUCUGGAGCCAGCUGAAGCAGGAGCAGCACAGCCAGGCACCCGUGGGGCUGAGUGGCCAUAGUGUCACCAAGCUGAGCGAGCAGCGGCUCUGGGUGGUGGGACGCGAGGGAGGGGUCCGCACCCAGAGGAGGUUUGCCAGCAUCUUCCAGCUUCAAGUGGACAUGCAGCACGGAUGCUACCGGUACGAGGAGCAGGCCUCACGCACAGCCUCGCGCUCUGGGCACUCAGCCACCCUGUGUCGGAGAGGGUGCCGAGGGAAGGCCACCUUUCAGCUGCUGCUGUUUGGAGGGCGUAACACACCUGGCUUUGAGGUGGCCGGGCACUGGAAGGAAGGGGUCGUGAAGUCCCAGCAACCCUCUCCCCAAGGCUUGGUUGGGAAGUUCAGCUCCCUCAUCGCUGACGAGGUGGUGACUCCUGGCAGCCCAACACCUCGCCGACACCACUCCACGGUGCAGGUGGGACCCUUCACCCUGUUGCAUGGGGGCGAAUCAUUCAACAAGGCCAUUGACACAAUCUGCAGCGACCUCUACAUCUACGACACACGAUCUUGCGCCGGGCAGUGGUUCCGGUUCCCCGCCUCUGACGUAGAGCUGAAGAGAGUUGGACAUCGGAUGGUAGUGCUAGGAGAGCAGCUGUGUGUGAUCGGAGGUCUGGGACCAGGCGGCAAGCACUGUCCCCCUGAUAUUUACACCCUGGACCUCCACUGCUGACCCUGGCUGUGGGAACCCUUUGGUUCAAAUAAAGAUGCUAUCUGCCCCACUCACGUGGAAUGCUUGUCAUGUUCUGGGCUCAUUUAUCCUAUGUUUAUACACAUGGAAUCAGGCCAUCCAGUCUAUCAAGUGCACACUGACCAGUGGCCAGCCGUCUGUAUUGCUCCCAUCGCCAGCAGUUGUCAAGGGGACUUUGUGCUCAUCUGGACGAUUGUUAAAUGUCAGUGGUCCAGUUCCCCCACUCUCUCCAGCUGUGUUCUAAGUACUCCCCACACUUCUACUUCUUCAUACAGGUGAUAAACAUGUCCCUCUGAAUCCCUCCUCCCAUACCCUGAAUUUGUGUAUCCCAGUUUUACCACCCCUGCAGGGUGUCAAAACUCUUGUCAGUCCGCCCUCUGAUAUUUAAUCCUGCUCACACCACACCUUCCCCUUCUGUUCUGUACGCCUCUCCCCAAACCCCACCCCUCCUGCAAGUUGAAGCUUGCUUCAUGUCGACACUGAGCCAGACAGGCAACCCAAUCCACACGAACAGCCAAGCACUCAGUGUUUCUCAUUGGGCUGAGCAGGAGGGUCACAGAGUCAGACAGGAGGGAAACAGGCCAUUAAACUGUCAGUGACUCUGUCCGGCUGUGU